GUGAAAAGACCGUUGGUCACGUGAUCCCAGCUUACUUGUCUGCUUCUCCGAUCGGUCUAAAAUAUGAAAUAUAUCAUUGAAAUGGGCGCUUUUAAUGGAUCACCGCGUGUAGCUUGUCUGCAUCUCCAUAAAGAUCUGUUUGGAAGCCGUUCAUUCGGCUGUAACGGUAGAAAUUCGCUACUGGAAAUUUCUCCUCUCGGGGGUGGAUGUCACGUGACCAGCACGCGGGUCUGGUCGUUGGGUAAAGAUGGCGGCGGGUGUGUAGAAAGCAGCGGAGCGAAGCAGCAGCGAGCCCGAGUCGACCGCAGUGCUUGGAAGCGUCGAAAGCCCACAAAUGAUGGAUCCCGGACAGGAUUUGCUUCUGGCUGCGCUGAGUGAGAGCGGGAUCAGCGCGAACGACCUUUUCGACACGGAGCCUCCCGACGCAGGGCCGCCGCCGCUACCUGCACAACAGUCAGUUCCCAUAAGCACCUUGGAUAUCGGCCCGGCAACCGAUGCAGUCACUGUGAGGCACGAGCAUGUUGCUCCACCUACUCCUACAGUCACCAUCAGGCAGAAGCCUCAGCCCUCCACCACCACGUUCGUGCUGAACCAGCUCAACCAGCUGCCUUCCCUGGGGACGAUCGUGGUGACCAAGCCGUCCGCGGGUGGCACCACCUCCCGGCAGACCAUAACCGUGGCCAAGGUGGUGCACUCGGCCCGGGGGCCCGGCACAGCAACCGUGCGGGCGGUGGCCCCCCCCGGCCGCGAGCAGAUCCAGCUCAAGGACCUGCUCAAGACCAGCAACAUCAAGACCAGCAGCCUGGGCGAACUCAUGAAGCUGAAGCCGCCGCCCAACAUCGCCCAGCCCGUCGCCACGGCCACCAAAAUAAUUCUGGUGUCUACAAAGAUGGUGAAUAAAUCAGCCGAGCUGAACAACGGCGUGAAGAAGGACGUGACCGGCAAGGACGUCGCCAGGUUCUGGGUGAAUGACGACCUCAAAAUGCGCAGCUUCUCGCCCACGCAUAAAAUACCUGGAAUUAAAGAAGAGGAAGAGCCAGAGGAAGAGGAGGAGGAAGAGUUGGGUCACGCCGAAACGUACGCUGAAUACAUGCCCAUGAAAUUGAAAAUUGGGCUGCGCCACCCUGACCCCGUGGUGGAGACCAGCUCACUGUCCAGCGUCAACCCCCCCAACGUCUGGUACCGGCUGUGCAUCCCGGAGGAGACGAUCGACCGGGGCUGGCUGUCUGCCCUGCAGCUGGAGGCCAUUACCUAUGCUGCUCAGCAACACGAGACAUUCCUCCCCAACGGGGACAGGGCGUCCUACCUGAUAGGCGACGGGGCCGGUGUUGGGAAGGGCAGGACCAUCGCCGGGAUCAUUUACGAAAACUAUCUCCUGGGCCGGAAACGCUCCCUCUGGUUCAGUGUGUCGAAUGACUUGAAAUACGAUGCAGAGAGAGAUUUGAGAGACAUCGGGGCAAAAAACAUUCAGGUCCAUUCCUUGAAUAAGUUUAAAUAUGGCAAAAUCUCUUCUAAACACAACGGAAGUGUGAAGAAGGGUGUGAUUUUCGCCACAUACUCCUCCCUGAUUGGAGAAAGCCAGUCCGGCGGGAAAUACAAGACGAGGUUCAAACAGUUGCUGCACUGGUGCGGGGAAGAUUUCGACGGAGUGAUUGUGUUUGACGAAUGUCACAAAGCGAAGAACGUCUGCCCCAUCGGCUCGUCCAAGCCCACCAAGACCGGUCUGGCAGUGCUGGAACUGCAGAACAAGCUGCCCAAAGCCAGGGUGGUCUACGCCAGUGCCACAGGUGCCUCUGAGCCGAGGAACAUGGCCUACAUGAACCGCCUUGGAAUCUGGGGGGAGGGGACCCCCUUUAAGGAGUUCAGCAACUUCAUCCAAGCUGUGGAGCGCAGAGGUGUGGGUGCCAUGGAGAUCGUUGCCAUGGAUAUGAAGCUGAGAGGGAUGUACAUCGCUCGGCAGUUGAGUUUCACCGGGGUAACUUUCAAGAUCGAAGAGGUCCCUCUGACACAGAGCUACAUCAAGAUGUACAACAAAGCAGUCCGCCUGUGGGUCAGCGCGCGGGAGAAGUUCCAGCAGGCCGCCAACCUCAUGGAGGCCGAGCAGCGCAUGAAGAAGUCCAUGUGGGGCCAGUUCUGGUCGGCCCACCAGAGGUUUUUCAAGUACCUGUGCAUCGCCUCCAAGGUGCGGAGAGUGGUGGAGCUCGCUCGAGAAGAGGUCAAAAACGGAAAGUGUGUGGUGAUUGGCCUCCAGUCCACAGGAGAAGCCCGAACACUGGAAGCCCUAGAAGAGGGCGGAGGAGAGCUGAACGACUUUGUGUCCACAGCAAAGGGUGUGCUGCAGUCGCUGGUGGAGAAGCACUUCCCCGCUCCAGACAGACAGAAGCUUUUCAGCUUGCUGGGCAUUGACCUGUCAGCGAAGAAAACGCCAUCCCCUAACGACAGUGCCUCCACAGACCAGAAGGGCAAGAAGAGGAAAGGUCAGGAUAUGAAGAAGGAGGCGAAGAAGCCGCGGCGGCGCGGGGGCACCUCGGGCAGCAGCUCGGACGACAGCGGCAGCGACUCGGAGGCUUCGGAGAAGGAGGCGGAGAGCGACGACAGCUUCAAGUCCGUCAGCUCCGGGGAGGAGGACGACUUCAACCCCUUCAGGGAAGAGUCGAGCGCGGACGAAGAGGACGAUCCUUGGCUGUUCAGGAAAGAGCACAAGAAAGGCAAAGAGAAGAAGAGUAAGAAAAAGAAGAAAAGCAUCGAUCCGGACUCCAUUCAGAGUGCCUUACUGGCUUCAGGACUAGGCUCAACGAGGCCUGCCUUCUCAGCCCCUGCCGCCAAAACCCCUCUGAGCACCACUGCACCCACCAUAGCCAAAAAGGAGAGCGAGGACGGGGGGUGCGUGACCAGCCAGGACGCGGUGGAGGACGCCCAGCAUAUGAAGAGGCAGCUGCUGGAGGAGCUGGAGAAGCUGGCCGAGGAGCUGCCGCCCAACACGCUGGACGAGCUCAUCGACGAACUGGGAGGGCCCGACAGCGUGGCCGAGAUGACGGGACGCAAAGGGAGGGUGGUGAGCAAUGAGGACGGCAGCAUUUCGUACGAGUCCCGCUCCGAGCUGGACGUCCCUGUGGAGAUCCUCAACCUCACUGAGAAGCAAAGGUUCAUGGAGGGGGAGAAGAACAUUGCCAUCAUUUCGGAAGCUGCCAGCUCGGGCAUUUCGCUGCAGGCGGACCGCCGGGUGAAGAACCAGCGCAGAAGGGUGCACAUGACUCUGGAGUUGCCAUGGAGCGCUGACAGAGCCAUCCAGCAGUUCGGAAGAACACACCGGUCCAAUCAGGUCACAGCUCCGGAGUAUGUGUUCCUCAUCUCAGAACUUGCAGGAGAGCAGCGAUUCGCCUCCAUCGUGGCCAAACGACUUGAAAGCCUGGGUGCGCUCACACAUGGAGACAGAAGAGCCACAGAGACCAGGGACCUGAGCAGGUUCAACUUCGACAACAAGUACGGACGGAACGCCCUGGAAAUCGUUAUGAAGUCCAUCGUCAACCUGGACUCUCCCCUCGUCUCUCCGCCUUCCAACUUUGACGGCGAUUUCUUCAAAGAAAUUCGGCACGGAUUGAUCGGUGUGGGUCUAAUCAAUGUGGAAGAUCGCUCGGGCAUCCUUACUCUGGACAAAGAUUACAACAACAUGGGGAAGUUCCUGAACCGGAUUCUGGGGAUGGAGGUGCAGCAGCAGAACGCCCUGUUCCAGUACUUCUCUGACACGCUGAACGCCGUCAUACAGAACGCCAAGAAGAACGGCCGAUACGACAUGGGAAUCCUGGACCUGGGCUCUGGGGAUGAGAAGGUGAAAAAGGUGGAGGUGAAGAAGUUUCUGACCCCAGGCUACUCCACUUCCGGACACGUGGAGCUGUACACGAUGAGCGUAGAGAGGGGGAUGUCCUGGGAAGAUGCCACUUACAUUUGGGCCGAGCAGAGCGGACCAGACGAUGGAUUCUACAUUCAGGUGAGGAACAAUAAGAAGACUGCCAUCCUGGUGAAGGAGAUCAACACCAAAAAGAGGCUCUUCCUGGUUUACAGACCCAACACAGGGAAGCAGCUCAAGCUGGAGACCUAUGCAGACGUCCGCAAGAAGUGCAAAAAGGUGCUUUCGGAGGAUGCCAAACAGUGCUGGAUAGAGCAGUACCUGUCCUCAGCGGAUACCUGCUCUCACGCCUACUGGCGGGGGAACUGUAAGAAGGCGUCGCUGGGGCUGCAGUGCGAGAUCGGGCUGCGCUGCCGGACCUACUACGUCCUGUGCGGCUCGGUGCUCAGCGUCUGGACCAAGGUGGAGGGCGUCCUGGCCUCCGUCAGCGGCACCAACGUCAAAAUGCAGAUCGUCCGCUUGAGGACGGAGGAUGGGCAGAGGAUCGUGGGCCUGAUAAUUCCAGCCAAUUGCGUGGCCCCGCUGACCAACAUCCUGUCGUCCUCGGACCAGUCCCAGCAGCUGGCUGUGCAGCAGCAGCAGAUGUGGCAGCAGCUGCACCCGCAGAGCAUCACCCACUACGCCAACGCGUAGUGCCCUGCGCUGGCCCGCCCUGCGGCCCUGCCACCGACAGGCCCCACCCUGACAGAACCCCGCCCCCCACCCUGACAGGCUGUGCCCAUGCCCACUCUGGGCUCUUGUCCAAAGAGGCUCUUAGCAAAGUUGACUUGGAAGGCUUAACGCCACACGACACACUGCACUCCAGGCCUAUGCCCCUCCCUGCUUCUCCCCCCCUCCUUUUUUUUUUUUUUUUAACCCCCCCCUCCCCCUUUGUGUGACCUUUGAUUAGCUGUCCUUUGGGCCUCUGUUCAUGGCUAUGGGUAUUUCCUCCCAGGCUAAAAAGUGCUUGGACUUUGGAUUCUUCACACGACACGAUUUAACAGCGCUCAGGGGUUCGCUCGACAAAGCAAUCGCACUUUCUCAGACCGACGUGCUCGGAGCACGGCCUUCACAAGCACCUUCCCCCCCCCCCCCCCCCCCGUCAGCUAGCGCGUACGGAACCCGUCUCCAGCGUGACUGCUGGUGUACCGUUACCCCCGGCGUCUCUAGCGUCGGACCCGCGCCGGACCACUCUGGGCGAGCUCGCCUGCUGCAGCGUGCCUGACUGCCUCUCUGCAUGGUCUGAACUCCUUUCUCCCCCUCCUCUGUCUCUCUCUCUCUCUCCUCCCGCUGAAGAGCUCAGCCUCGCUGAAAGGCUGGACUCUGGGGUGCUCACCUUCCGCGUUCGGUAUCACAGGAGGGCGUGGAGCGUGGCUUUGAGUUGAGACGUUCGCUCGCGAACUGGAAGCGUCCGCUUGCGGCGGGUCGGCUGAUGCGUGGCACGGCUCUCUCGGGUCCUGUGGGCGUGUCUCCUCCCCUCUCACCUGUGCUUUAAUACCGGGCUCCCCCCCACGGCCCCAGCGGGGGCACUUCCAGCCCGUGCUCUACUUUCUAAAGUUCUUUCUUUUUUUCUGGAUUAAUUUCUGUAAAUGUGGCAACAGGAUGGAUUUACUGCUGGGAUUAUAUUUUGCUGUACAAAAUGUGUAUAGUCGCAUAUCUUAAGUAUUGGAAAUGUUUUUGCUUAAAAGUGAAAUCGGUGUUUAUAACAUUUGAAGGACAGUUUCAUUUCAUGCUUGCACGAGUUGCACUACUGAUUGAUUUGUUGUACAAAGAAUCUGUUAAGGCAGGAUUUCCACAUCUUGCUUAUGACCAAUAAAUCUGAAGAACAAAAAUUUGUAAUUUGAA